CUCUCUCAAUUCUCUAAGCUCUCUCAAUUCUCUAAGCUCUCUCAAUUCUCUAAGCUCUCUCAAUUCUCUAAGCUCUCUCAAUUCUCUAAGCUCUCUCAGUUCUCUAAGCUCUCUCAAUUCUCUAAGCUCUCUCAGUUCUCUAAGCUCUCUCAAUUCUCUAAGCUCUCUCAGUUCUCUAAGCUCUCUCAAUUCUCUAAGCUCUCUCAAUUCUCUAAGCUCUCUCAGUUCUCUAAGCUCUCUCAGUUCUCUAAGCUCUCUCAAUUCUCUAAGCUCUCUCAGUUCUCUAAGCUCUCUCAAUUCUCUAAGCUCUCUCAAUUCUCUAAGCUCUCUCAGUUCUCUAAGCUCUCUCAGUUCUCUAAGCUCUCUCAGUUCUCUAAGCUCUCUCAGUUCUCUAAGCUCUCUCAGUUCUCUAAGCUCUCUCAGUUCUCUAAGCUCUCUCAGUUCUCUAAGUUAUCUCAGUUCUCUAAGCUCUCUCAAUUCUCUAAGCUCUCUCAGUUCUCUAAGUUAUCUCAGUUCUCUAAGCUCUCUCAAUUCUCUAAGCUCUCUCAGUUCUCUAAGUUAUCUCAGUUCUCUAAGCUCUCUCAAUUCUCUAAGCUCUCUCAGUUCUCUAAGCUCUCUCAAUUCUCUAAGCUCUCUCAAUUCUCUAAGCUCUCUCAGUUCUCUAAGUUAUCUCAGUUCUCUAAGCUCUCUCAAUUCUCUAAGCUCUCUCAGUUCUCUAAGCUCUCUCAAUUCUCUAAGCUCUCUCAGUUCUCUAAGCUCUCUCAAUUCUCUAAGCUCUCUCAAUUCUCUAAGCUCUCUCAGUUCUCUAAGCUCUCUCAGUUCUCUAAGCUCUCUCAGUUCUCUAAGCUCUCUCAGUUCUCUAAGCUCUCUCAGUUCUCUAAGCUCUCUCAGUUCUCUAAGUUAUCUCAGUUCUCUAAGCUCUCUCAAUUCUCUAAGCUCUCUCAGUUCUCUAAGUUAUCUCAGUUCUCUAAGCUCUCUCAAUUCUCUAAGCUCUCUCAGUUCUCUAAGUUAUCUCAGUUCUCUAAGCUCUCUCAAUUCUCUAAGCUCUCUCAGUUCUCUAAGCUCUCUCAAUUCUCUAAGCUCUCUCAAUUCUCUAAGCUCUCUCAGUUCUCUAAGCUCUCUCAGUUCUCUAAGCUCUCUCAGUUCUCUAAGCUCUCUCAGUUCUCUAAGCUCUCUCAGUUCUCUAAGCUCUCUCAGUUCUCUAAGUUAUCUCAGUUCUCUAAGCUCUCUCAAUUCUCUAAGCUCUCUCAGUUCUCUAAGUUAUCUCAGUUCUCUAAGCUCUCUCAAUUCUCUAAGCUCUCUCAGUUCUCUAAGUUAUCUCAGUUCUCUAAGCUCUCUCAGUUCUCUAAGCUCUCUCAGUUCUCUAAGCUCUCUCAAUUCUCUAAGCUCUCUCAGUUCUCUAAGCUCUCUCAGUUCUCUAAGCUCUCUCUGUUCUCUCUGUGA